GUUUACUGGCAUCCAAAGCUGUUGUUGCAGAUGGUGCUGAAAAAAAGGAAGGCAACAAAGAAGCAGCUCCAGUCCUGGAGCAGGAGAUUUCACCUAAACCACAAAGUCAGAAAAAAAAUGAAGCUGAUAUUAGCAGUUCUGCCAACAUUCAGAAACCUGCACUGUUAUCCUCAACUUUGUCUUCAGGAAAGGCUCGCAGCAAGAAAUGCAAACAAGAAUCUGGAGAUUCUUCUGGCUGUAUAAAGCCCCCUAAAUCACCACUUUCCCCAGAAUUAAUACAAGUCGAGGAUUUGACGCUGGUCUCUCAGCUUCCUUCUUCUGUGAUAAAUAAAACUAGUCCAUCUCAGCCAGUGAGUUCCCCUAGAUCCUACAAACAUAGCCAACGGAGAAGAAGAUCACAGCGUUUAGCCACUUGCUCCUUGCCUGAUGAUUCUGUAGAAAAAGUUUCUUCUCCCUCUUCAGUUACUGAUGGAAAAGUGUUCUCCAUCAGUGGUCAAAACCAACAGUCAUCAAAACUGGAGGUACCUGAUGUUACUCAUAUGUCACUUGAGAAGCGUGGACCGUGUCUCCCUCUUGAUUUAAGCCGUAGCUCGGAGGUUUCAGCACCAUUAUCCACAGAAUCCACUUUCCGUAAUGAGUAUCCCAGUAAAGACAAGGAAGAUGUUCAGAUGAUUACAUAUCUUUCUUCCAAAGCAGUAACUGAUGGAAGAAUAGCUACGACAGCGUCAGGUGCAAUGAGGAUGGAAAGAAAAGGAAAACUGGAAGAGAAAAGUUCUUCUACAUAUGGUAAAAAGAAAGAAAAGGAAAAGGAAAAAAAAGAGAAGAAGGAGAAGGAUCAUAAAUCAAAACAGAAAAAGAAGAAGAAAAAAAAGAAGAAAUCCAAACAGCAUGAUUAUUCAGAUUAUGAAGAUAGUUCUGUUGAAUUCCUGGACAGAUGCUCCUCUCCACUCACCCGCUCCUCGGGGAGCUCUCUGACUUUGCGCAGCAUGUUCUCAGAGAAGAACACAUCAUACCAGUAUCCAAGAGCUAUCUUGUCUGUUGACCUUAGUGGAGAAAACCUUUCAGAUAUGGAGUUCUUGGAUGAUUCUUCUACAGAGAGUUUGUUACUUAGUGGUGACGAAUACAAUCAGGAUUUUGAUUCAACUAACUUUGAAGAGUCUCAAGAUGAAGAUGAUGCUCUCAAUGAAAUUGUUAGAUGCAUUUGUGAACUGGAUGAAGAAAAUGGCUUUAUGAUUCAGUGUGAAGAGUGCUUGUGUUGGCAGCACAGUGUGUGCAUGGGACUGUUAGAGGACAGCAUUCCAGACCAGUACAUAUGUUACAUCUGCAGAGAUCCACCAGGUCAGAGGUGGAGUGCCAAAUAUCUUUAUGAUAAAGACUGGCUAAACAACGGACACAUGUGUGGAUUAUCAUUUUUGAAAGAAAACUACUCUCAUCUUAAUGCCAAAAAGAUUGUGUCAACACAUCACCUACUGGCAGAUGUAUAUGGUGUAACUGAAGUGUUGCAUGGCCUGCAGCUGAAGAUUGGGAUAUUAAAAAAUAAGCAUCACCCAGACCUUCGUCUCUGGGCUUAUUCAGGGAUGCAAAAAGAACAAAAAACUGUUGGGGUAGAGAAAAAAUCAGUGACUUUGCCAGAUGCUGUUAAUCCAACCGAAAGGACGUGUCACAGUCACAAUCAUAAAGAGCCCCCCAGUAUACCCCAGAAGAUGGAAGAGACAUACAUCACAAGUGAGCACAGUUACCAAAAACCACAGAGUUUUGGUCAAGACUGCAAAGCAGUCACUGAUCCUAUGAGCUCAGAUGAUGAAGAUACAAGUAGUUUUGAGGAAGAUCAGGAUUUUCACACAGAUAAUAGAAACUGUUUACAAUAUUCUUUUAAAGAUGGUGGCGUGAAUGAGCAGAAUUCUGCAGAAGGAAACACUGUGUUUGUUUGUAAUGAAAGAAAAGGCUCAGAAGAACAAGUGGACACACAUCUUCAAUGGCAGCUAAAUCUCCUUACCCACAUAGAGAAUGUACAGAAUGAAGUCACCAGCAGAAUGGACCUGAUUGAAAAAGAAGUUGAUGUUUUAGAAAGCUGGCUUGAUUUCACUGGAGAACUGGAACCACCAGAUCCUCUGGCAAGAUUGCCUCAGCUCAAGCGACGUAUCAAACAGCUCUUGAUUGACAUGGGGAAAGUACAGCAAAUAGCAACGCUUUGCUCUGUAUGACAAAAGGAAGGAGAAAUACAAAUAGGUUCUUUACAACGAAUUUUCUUACUAGCCACAAGACUGACAGGAAGACGGAAAAAGCUGAGCAUUUAUCUGGUUCUUUGCUGAUUACAUUAAUAGCCUGAAGCUUUAGAGAGAGGAGAGGAAAUUUAGAGUAAGGUUUCUGUUAUAUUGAAAACCCAAAUAUUCAGUGUCCAAACUUCAAAAUGUAAUGUUACAUACUGA